GAUUCACCCUUAUUACUUCCUGUAAAGCUUCAAUGGAUAGACCGUACAUUUAAAAUAUUAGACACUGAAAAAAAGGAUAUUUACAUAAACGAGAAAUAUUAGAAAUGAUAAUAUAUUAAGGGGUAGAAAGUCAUAAAUCAUUAAGUAAACUACUACAAUAACUUAAUCAAAUAGAUGAAACAGAACACAUAACUAUAAAUAGAUUCAAGGAAAUGAUUAUAGGCUAACAUUUUUUCAAAAGAGUUCUUGAAUCAGACCUUGUAUUACCUUCAUUUUUUCGUUUUUGUUAAAACUUUAAAGAUUGUUAUCAAAAAGUGCUUGCCGACCCCUAAUAUAACGAAGGUAAAGUAGCAGACUACAUUGCUCCUUUAGAAAAAGUAAAUCCAGAAUAUUUCGCAACCAGUUUUUGUUCAACAGACGGAUAAUUUGUCUAAUUUGGAGAUAUCGAUUAAAAAUUUUCCAUUUAAUCAAUUGGAAAAGUAGUUUCUUAUGCUUAUUUAUAUGAAUUAAUAGGGGAAGAAGUACAUAAAUAUGUUGGCGAAGAGCCUUCUGGUUAAAAAUUCAAUGCACCUAUAUUCGAUGAUUUAGGUAGACCACAUAAUCCAAUGAUUAAUACAGGCGCAAUUAUGGUUUGUGCACUUCUAAGGCAUCAUAAUAAAAAUAUUUAGCAUAUAAUUAAUUUUUAUGAAGAAGCAAGUAAUUAUAUACCUGUAAUUGAUGAAGAACUUUAUUAAGAUGAAAAACUUACUGGAUAUACAAAUCAUGCACUUACUUCUUUAAUGUUAGCAAACGGAGCUUUCCCUAAAAAGGCAAAUGCAAAAGAACAAAAAAAUUUCGCAGACGAUGCGCUUGAUUUAUAUUUUAAAUUAUGUUCUUUAUUAGUUGAUGUGCGUUCUUUAGCCAAUUUCGGAGCCAUGUGUGCUAAUAAUGGUAUUAAUCCUUUCAAUGGAAAAAGAGUUUUAUCUCCUAUAACUAUUAAAGCUUGUGUAACUUUCAUGACAACAUGCGGAAUGUAUAAUGGAGCUGGAAAAUUCACUAAAAACUUCGGAGUUCCAUCCAAAAGUGGAGUUUCUGGAGGUUUAUUAACAAUAAUUCCUGGUAUAGGAGCUUUUGCAAGUUGGUCCCCCCGCUUAAACAAGGAAGGAAAUUCAGUCAGAGCAAUCGGAAUUAUUCAAAAACUAAACGAAAUAUAUAACAACUUUAAUCUUUUCCAUAAAGAAAUAGAAAAGAAAGACGUUACAAAGAAAUCUUUUUAAACCACAAUCUAAACAACAAUAGCAGCCUGUUCAUGUGCUUCAAUAGGAGAUUUAGAAGGCUUAAAUCGUUUAAGUAAUAUUUGCGUAUCUUUAGAUUAAGGAGAUUAUGAUAAUAGAACUCCUCUUCAUUUAGCUGCUAGUAGUGGUUAUUUUGAUAUAGUAAAAUACUUAGUAGAAAAGGGAGUUGAUUUCAAUUGCAAAGAUAGGUGGGGUGCUACUCCUUUAAAUGAUGCUUCAAAAAAAGAAAUUACUGAAUAUUUAGAAUCUAAAGGUGCAAAAUAUGGUAAUGAAUAGAAAGAAUAUUAGAUUGUUUAAGGAGAUCCUUUUAACGAUGAUAAAUAUAGAUUACUAUACGCGGCUGCUGAAAAUGAUUUAUUAUUAAUCAAAUCUAUGCUUGUAUAGGGAAUUAAAAUUGAUUGCUAUGAUUAUGAUGGAAGAACUGCUUUACAUUUAGCAGCUUCUUAAGGAAAUAUAGAUGUUGUUAAAUAUCUUGUAGCUCAUGGAGCUAGCUGUACUUUUAAAGAUGCUAGAGGCAAUAAUCCGUAUUAUGAUAGUGUUAGAUAAAAUUAAUAAGAAGUUAAGAAUUUCCUGAUGUAAAUAAGUACUGAUAAAAUAGGGGCUAUAAGAAAAAAAAAUAAAACUGUUGAUUAAGGUAAAUGA